AUGAUCGAACCCAUUUCUGGCGCUGGCGCGCUGCGGAAGCCGCGCGCGGUUUCGAGCCCUGAUUGCCUUCGCGUGCCGCGUCGGAAGAGCGUCGCUCCUCAUCGUGGCCGGAACUGGGCCGGACGAACUCCGCGGACAUUGGGUUCAAGCCCGGCGGGGAGCGGGAUCAGCAGGUCCCAAAGCAGCAUGCAAUCGGGAGCCUCCAGGAGCAGGAGUCGCCGGCACAAGAAGAGGCGGGAGAAGAAGACCAAGGAUCGACGGAGAGGAGGCGACGACUCGUCCGCGUUCUAUCCUGCCUUUGGAUAUGGAGGCCCGUGGCACAUGCCCUAUGGACCCGUAGACGAUGGGGUGGAUGUGAAGGUGAGUUCCAAGUUCCUGACACGGAACGACUAUUGUCAAACCUUCAUCGACACGGGACUUCGCCCGCAGAACUUCAUCCGGGAUUUGGAUUAUCAAAAUCGAUAUUCGGAAUAUCCCAAGAUCCAGCGCUUGAUCAAGCUUAAGGACAACAUCUUGGCGAAGCGAGCCUCUCCGGGGAUGUUCCUGAAGUGCGACUUGAAGACCUUCGACUUGGCGAGCCUGGGCACCAAGUUCGAUGUGGUGCUUCUGGACCCGCCUUGGGAAGAGUACCAGACGCGGGUGGCUGGCAUGUACGUGCCUGAUGAGGACCUCUCCACAUGGACGCUGGACGAGCUCAAGGCGUUGAAGGUGGGUGAGGUGGCUGAUCACCAGUCCUUUGUUUUCCUCUGGUGUGGCGAGACGCACCUCGAGCACGGCCGGGAGCUCUUCAAGAAGUGGGGCUUCCGACGAAUCGAGGACAUUUGCUGGGUCAAGACGAACCGGCAAGCAGAGUUGGACCAGCGUGGCUCCGUGAAGCAGCAAAGUGUGAUGUACGGUGACAGCUCCAUCAUCCAGCGGACCAAAGAGCACUGCCUGGUGGGAGUGAAGGGCACAGUGAAGCGCUCCGUGGACACGCAUUUCAUCCAUGCCAACUGUGAUGUCGAUCUCAUCAUGGAGGAGGAGAAGAGCUUCGGCUCCACUGCCAAGCCCAUCGAGCUCUAUGAGACCAUCGAGCACUUCUGCCUGGGUCGAAGGCGUUUGGAGCUCUUCGGCCGGGACCGGAACCUCCGAGAUGGAUGGUUGACCUUGGGCAACGGCCUCACCACGGACAAUUGGGACAAAGAGACCUAUCUCAAGUGGUUCGAGGGCGAUGUCCAAUGGCCCGAGGUGGAAGACUACAAGGGUGGUCGCCUACUGGGGAGCAACCCCGAGAUCGACACCCUGAGGCCUAAGAGCCCCGUGCGCCCAGGACGCAAGCGGUCGAGGUCGUUGUCCCCGCGCCGGCGCAUGGCUGGAGGCCCCAGCAGUGGAGCUGGUGGCUGGCGAGCCGCGCGUGCGAGCCGCGACUACGACUACGAGGAGGAUGAGAAGCCGCUGCCUGAGGAUUUGGGUGAGAUGGCUCCGCCCGUUCAGUGCCUCACUGGUGCGUCAAAAACGGGACCUCGACGUGCGAAACAACGGGCGAUGCUGCGGAGUCGUGGACGGGGUCAGUGCCACGAGGAUGAGUUGCCCGUGGACUUCGGUGACCUCCAAGAGCUGUUAGAAAGCGUGCAGAACGGCUCUGAGGACCCAGUGGCAGUGGCGCUUGAGCAGGGUGUUGAUGAGACGAAGAGAGUAGCUGGUAGCAUCGACCAUCAGCUGGAGCUUCUGGAGGAAGAGAGUGUUGGCGACUAUGUCGGCAGUUUCCAGUCCUUCGAGGAGCUGCAUCAGGAGAUCGUUGCGACAGAUUCUCUCCUUGAGAAGAUGGAGCGCAUGCUGGGCACGUUCCAAUCGGAUCUCUCCGGCAUUUCGGACGAGAUCCGAAUGCUUCAGGGCCAAUCCUUGCAGAUGAACCUGAAGCUGCAGAACCGCCGUGCCUUGCAGUCCUUGAUGUCCGACUAUGUGAGCUCGGUGGUGGUGAGUCCGCAGCUGGUGCGGCAAAUCUGCGAAGAGGAGAUCAAUGAGGCCUACUUGGGCUACCUUUCGGAGCUCAACAAGAAGCUGGACCAUGUGAAGCAACAGGAGAUGCAAAAGCUGCCCUCCUGCGCACAAAGCGCUCCGGAACUCGAAAAACUGCGAAGCAAGGCCGUGGCACGGAUCAAGGACUUCCUGCUGCAGAAGGUGAACUCCUUGAAGAAACCAAAGACGAACCUACAAAUCUUGCAGCGCAACGUCUUGGUUCGCUUCAAGUCGAUGACUCAGUUUUUGGCUGAACACCACGCCGCAGUCGCGGAAGAGGUGAAGGGACACUAUGUGGUAACCAUGAGCGCUGUCUAUUUGAAGCAGUUUCGCACCUACGUGACCUCCUUACAAAAACUGGAGCUGGAGUCUUCGGCCACCAAGUCCGACUUGCUGGUCAACGAUACGCAGUCCGCGGGUCGUCUUUGGGACAACUUGGGCUUGGGGCGAAGUGUUCAGCUGAAAGACAAAGGCAACGUCUUUUCUCUUUCAGGGCGCGAUGCAAUCCUCCAGCAACUGGACAAGGAUCCCAUCAUCGCGCAUACCAACAAGGACAAGAUCAAGUACUACCACGAGCAGCUCUUCCGUAGUCAUCAGAUGUUGCUCAUGGACACCGCCACGAGCGAGUUCCUCUUCCUCAACGACUUCUUCGACACCAAGGGCGACCAGAGCCUCUUCGUGGAAGUUUUUGGGAAGACGACUCAGUAUUUCCUGGACUCGCUCGAGGCCUUCCUAGCCAACUGCUAUGAUUCCGUGGGUUUGCUGCUCAUGGUCCGCAUCGUGGAGUUCUACCGAAAGCGCAUGCAACAGCGCAAGGUGGCCUGUUUGGAUAGCUACCUCGAUGCUUUGCAGCUGCUCUUGUGGCCAAGGCUCCGACACGUGUUGGAGGCGAACAUCGUCUCCUUACGCAAGGCGUAUCAACAAAGCUUGCAGGCUCCCAGCAACAGCAAUCCCCAUCUGGUCACCCGAAGGUUUGCCGAGUUGGCGGCAUCUUUGUACUUCCUCAGCUCCCAAGAGGAUACAGGACGGAGUGCUGCAGCAGCCUCUCAGCAACAUGCGCCAGGAGUUUUGCACGUUGCUGUCUGCCAUGGCCAACCGCCUCGAUGGGCCGGAUGGCUUGGUCUUCUUGGUGAACAACUAUGA